AUAUUAUAUAGAGAGAGAAUGCGUGCACUGCAGUUACUUGUGGUCAGCUCUAGUUCAUUGCUUAAUCUAUUGUAACCGUAGUUCAGCGUUGGAGGCGCUUAUAUGUUUACUUAAUGGGGAGUGGAACAUUCGUGGAUGGAUUUCGUCGUUUGUUUCAUCGUCGAUCGUCAACUUCGCAAUCGACAGAUUUAGGUGAUAAGAGUAGCAAUCUGACCGAUAAGAACGGCGAUUUUCUCGCUCAAUCUAGUGAAAUCAAUCGCCACGAAGAAAAUGAUCUUGAGAUUACAGAUGAUUUUGAUCUCUCCGACUUGAAGCCUGUCAAAGUCCCAAAACGCGCCGAUUUUCCUCCUAUUCUCAUGGAUCCUCACAAAAAGAAUAAUUUGGAGAAAGAAUUUUUCACCGAGUAUGGUGAAGCAAGUAGAUAUCAAGUUCAGGAAGUUGUGGGGAAAGGAAGUUAUGGCAUCGUUGGGGCUGCCAUUGAUACUCACACUGGAGAGAGGGUCGCAAUUAAGAAGAUAAAUGAUGUCUUUGAGCAUGUUUCUGAUGCAACAAGGAUUCUAAGAGAAAUAAAGCUCCUUAGAUUGCUGCAUCACCCAGAUAUUGUAGAAAUAAAGCAUAUUAUGCUGCCUCCUUCCAGAAGGGAAUUUAGAGAUAUAUAUGUUGUUUUUGAGUUGAUGGAAUCUGAUCUCCAUCAAGUGAUAAAGGCAAAUGAUGAUCUUACUCCGGAACAUUAUCAGUUUUUCUUGUACCAGCUUCUCCGUGGCUUAAAGUACAUACAUACUGCCAAUGUCUUUCAUCGAGACCUAAAACCUAAGAAUAUUCUUGCUAAUGCGGAUUGCAACCUUAAAAUUUGUGAUUUUGGGCUUGCUCGUGUUUCCUUUGAUGAGGCGCCAUCAACCAUUUUUUGGACUGACUAUGUUGCUACUAGGUGGUAUCGUGCUCCUGAACUUUGUGGAUCCUUCUUUUCUAAAUACACACCAGCAGUAGACAUAUGGAGCAUGGGAUGCAUAUUUGCAGAAAUUCUUUCAGGAAAACCACUGUUUCCUGGCAAAAAUGUGGUGCAUCAGUUGGAUCUCAUGACUGACUUACUUGGCACUCCUCCUCCUGAAUCCAUAGCUAGGAUUAGGAAUGAAAAGGCAAGAAGGUAUUUGAAUAACAUGCGCAAGAAACAGCGGGUUCCAUUCUCACAGAAGUUCCCUCAUGCAGAUCCUUUAGCUCUACGUCUUCUUGAGCGCAUACUUGCAUUUGAUCCUAAAGAUAGACCCACUGCAGAAGAGGCAUUAGCUGAUCCUUACUUUCAUGGUUUGGCAAAUGUGGACCGAGAACCAGCAGCUCCCCAACCCAUUUCAAAACUUGAGUUUGAGUUUGAAAGGAGAAAGAUAACUAAGGAUGAUGUCAGGGAGUUAAUCUAUCGAGAGAUUCUGGAGUACCAUCCUCAGAUGCUGCAGGAGUUUCUUUGUGGUGCUGAACCUACAAGCUUCAUGUAUCCAAGUGGUGUUGACCGGUUCAAAAGACAAUUUGUUCACCUUGAAGAGCAUAAUGGUAAAGGUGAUAGGAGGUCUCUACUUCAGAGGCAGCAUGCUUCAUUGCCUAGGGAGCGGGUGGUUGCGUCUAACUCUAAUUCGCAGAACAAUGAAAUUGAGAAUCGAUCUGCGGCUUCUGUGGCAACAACUCUUGAAAGUCCUCCAAGGGAGUCAGAGAAAUUAGAAAAUGGCCAGAUUGAACCAAACAAGUCAAACUACAGUCCUCGCUGCCUGUUAAAGAGUGCUAGCAUUAGUGGUUCCAAGUGUGUAGGCGAUGACAAGCCCAAUAAUCAGCAUCCUGAGGAAGAACCAAUCAAUGAGGAAAUUGAGGAAGUUGAUGCUUUAUCGCAAAAGAUGUCAAUCCUUUAGGCAUUUGUUUUGAUCCUUCUAUUGAAAUGGAACCCGAUUAAACUCUCCUCAGUUUCUCUUGUUCAGCGCAACAGAGUCUUUAUUAAGACAGUUUCUUAUUUUUUCUCACGGUUCUAAGAAGACUUUUGUACUCUAAGAUCAAAUAUUUAUUGUAUUUUAUGGAGUAAUAGGUAUCCUUUAUAUUUAUUGUUGUCUGAGACUGAGAGUAUAAUAGAGGUUUGGAGAAAUAUAUAAAACAUUGUAUCAUUUAUGUAUCAUCAUAGUCGAAUAGCUGAUCAAGAUGGGGAAGAAUUCAAUCAAUUUUACAAUUUAUUUGAGAGGAAAUGCUUAUUUUU